GACUUUAUGUAGAAGAGUGUCCUAAACUGCAUUGGUGCAUUGAAUCGCUAUUGCAUUGAAUAAUAAUAAAACACAGCAAAGAUAAGGCAAUCGGGGCAAGCUAUAAUAUAACAACAAACUAACAAAGAAUUAGAUAAGGUAUAAGUAUAAAGUGCUUGUUGGGCUCUUCAGCUGUUCCUAGAUGUCCUAAUUCAUAACAGGAAUAAAUAAUUUUAUUCUGUUGAUUUCAAGCUAUGGAAUUUAAAGCUGAAAUUAAGGAAGAGUUUGUGGAAUAUAACCAAAUAUAUAUAGACAGUAACAGUAACCCAUCCAGAUCAAGAGGACUUAAUGUUUUGAAAAAUGAACCUAUGGAACAUAAUUCGGAUAUGGAAGUAAAAGUUGAACUUAAGGAAGAGUUUGGUGAACAUGACCAAUUAUAUUUAGAUAAUCAGCUAUCCACAUCUAUAGAUCUUGCUCACUUAAAGAAUGAACUGGACCAAGAUAACUCAGAUUUUUCUGAGGAGAAUAAUACAACAGAAAUUGCACAUUCAUCUAAUAAACAACAAGAGAAACAAAACUCUGAAGAACAAACAUUAAAACAUAUUAGUUCUAAAAAUUUUUCUUGCAAAAAUAAUAUACUGGAAAAGACUGAAAAAAGAUAUUACAAAUGUGACAUUUGUUUUAAGCAGGUUUCUCAGAAGAGUAAUUUGAAACAUCACAUGAGAACACAUACUGGGGAAAGGCCUUUCAAGUGUGAAAUUUGUUGUAAGCAGUUUUCUCAGAAGGGUAGUUUGAAAGAUCAUAUUAUGAGAGCACAUACUGGAGAAAGGCCUUUCAAGUGUGAAAUUUGUUUUAAGCAGUUUUCUGUAAUAUAUUCUUUAAAAAACCAUCUAAGAACACAUACUGGAGAAAAUAAGUGUGAAAUCUGUUUUAAGUCAUUUUCCCUAAAAAAUAAUUUAACUAUACAUAUGAGAUCACAUAGUGGAGAAAAACCUUUUAAGUGUGAAAUUUGUUUUAAGCAGUUUUCAGUUCAAGGUAAUCUGAAUACGCAUUUAAGAACACACACUGGAGAAACGCCGUACAAGUGUGAAAUUUGUUUUAAACAGUUUUCUGUUCAAUAUAAUUUGAAUAUACAUUUAGGAAUACACUAUAAAGAAAAAUCUUAUAAGUGUGAAAUUUGUUUUAAGCAGUUUACUUCAGUGAACUGUUUAAAAUUACAUAUAAAAACACACUCUACAGAAAAACCCUUCAAAUGUGAAAUCUGUUUUAUGCAGUUUACUUUAGUAAAGUAUUUAAAAUCACAUCUAAAAACACAUUCCAACGAAAAACCUUUUAAAUGUGAAAUUUGUUUUAAGCUGUUUUCUCAUAAACAGAGUCUAAAUGUACACAUGAAAAUACAUACUGGAGAAAAACGUUAUAAGCGUGAAACUCGUUUUAAGCCGUGUUUCUUAUCAAGAUAAUUUGAAAGUACAUUUAAGAACACACUCUGGGGAAGAGUCACCUCAUAAGUGUGAUGUUUGUUUUUAGUAUUUUACAUAUUAAAUCAUUUGAAAAGACAUCUGAUAACACACUCUAAAGAAAAACCCUACCAGUGUGAAAGUUGUUUUAAGUCAUUUUCUCAAAAAAAUAAUUUAAAUGUACAUAUGAGAACACAUUCUCAAGAAAAACCUUAUGAAAAGUAUAAUGUUUGUCAUAAACAUUUUUAUGUAGCAUAUUGUUUAAAAAAAUAUCGGGAAAGAUAUGAAUGGCAGAAUUUACAAAGCAGUCAUUAGACCAAUAAUGACAUACUCGGCAGAAACACUACCUGAUACAGAGAGGACAAAAAUUAUGUUAGAAACAGCAGAGACAAAAACACUUACAAAAAUUGAAGGUAAAACAAUCUGGGACAGAGCUAGAAGUACAGAUAUAAAACAUAUAUGCAAGCUGCAGUUUAAUGCCGUUAACAAUUUGAGCAUUUUAGUGUACCUAAUGGAAAAAUCAUCUUACAAAAUGCUUACUACAUUUUGUAGAAUUAUAUAGCUAGCAAUAUAUUAUUAAAAAAUUGAAGGGCUAAGUGGAUGAAGGAAGUAUUUAACAUUUUUUUUGGUUUUGAGUUUUCAUCAUCGAUCAAGGUGCUAUGUGUUAAACGAAGCAUUGCUCUUCAAAGUGAAUUAUCAAAUUCAUGAAGGAGGCAUGUUACAUAUUGUUGCUGAAGUAAAAUGAAAGAACAAAAUAUGUUACAAAAUAAUUUUAUAACUUAGGAGGUAUGUAACAUUCUCUGUUGACAUAAACCCUUCAUUCAGUAGACUUUCUGCAUUAAACUUGAAUCAAAAUAUGGUAAAAUACUCUCGUGGAAGAACGAGGCAAGAACCAUAACAAACCAUCAUCAAACUGAAAGUGCUAACAGUAUAGUCAUAGAAACUGAUAACUUUGUGGGACCAAGUGAGGAGGAAGAAGACUUUACUGAAAUGAGAAGAUUAGGCCUACCUUAAAUAAGCAGGUUGAAUCAACAUAUUGCAGAUCAUCCUAAAAGCAGAUAAGCAGCCUUAAUCCGCUUGAAAAUCUGAGGGAGCAGCUACAGUUCAUCCUCGAACGUUGUCGAUUGUGGUAUAUCCAAAUUCUAAAUGAGUGCCAAUAAAACACUAAAUAAUAUUUUAUUGUAGAGCAAGUUUGUCACUUUUAAAUACAUUUCUUGUUU